AUGCUGAACCCAAACGAAGAAGAAGUGAACACAGAAGAAAUCUCGAUGGCCACAACUUUGGAUUUAAAACCACCACCUCCGUUUGAUGCAGAGGGUGAUAAUUCCUCGCUAGCCCAACGCUGGAAAGAAUGGCGAGAACGUUUUAAUAUGUAUACAGUAGCUGCCAACAUCAAGGAUGAUGCACAGAAACGCGCAGUGUUAUUGUAUGUAGCUGGCCCGUCGGUUCAUAAAAUAUUCAAAACACUACAAGACACCGGGACAGAUUUCAAAACAGCUCUAGAGAAGCUCGACGAAUAUUUUCAGCCACAAAAGAACUUAAUAUAUGAACGCUAUGUGUUUAAACAGACACAUCCAACGCCUGGAGAAUCGGUAGAUAGCUACAUAACUCGUCUACGUACACUAGCCGAAACGUGUGAAUUCGAAAGCGCCGAGAAUGAAAUACGCAAUCAGUUUGUUAUGACAUGCUCGUCUCAUGUAUUUCGUACGAAGCUUUUACGCGAGGCAGAUCUGACAUUGGCUAAGCUUAUUACCAUGGCGCGAGCGAAGGAAUUAGCAGAAAAACAAGCGUCGAAUAUCUCGGGACACAAUAAUUCUCGGAACAAUGUUAAUCGUGUAAAAGACGAGGGAAAUGACGAAGCUAAAGACAAGGUAAGACAUGCUAAAUAUGUACCAAAACCACACAAACAAAAUCAAUGCCGAAAUUGUGGAAAUGAAUUUAAACAAGGGCAUAAAGAUGUCUGUCCUGCGAAGGGCAAAACCUGUAGAGUUUGUCGAAAGCUCAAUCAUUUCGCUAGAGUUUGUCGAAGUCGAAAAAAUCCGCCGAAAGAUAGUAAGAAAGAUUCGAGAGAGCCUGUUUGAGUUGCACAACAACAAACCCAAAAACAAAGCCCUCCUAAUUCGUCUGACGAUGAGUAUACUUUUGCUGUUUCAUCAUCAAAAAUAACUAACAUUCAAAUACAGACCAAUGGGACCCCUAUCGCUGUGACUAUCGAUUCAGGAGCGACGACAAAUAUUCUUGAUAGUGAAGCAUUCGCUUGUAUUAGGAAAAGAAAUAAACAUGUACCAUUAGAGCCAACACAAACAAAUAUAUAUGCAUAUAAUGCCGUUCAGCCCUUGCCAUUGCUCGGAAUGUGUCGUUUAGCGGUUGAAUCGAAUGGAAAGCGUACAAUAUCGACGUUUUAUGUUGUCAACGGCAAAGCGGGAUCACUUCUCGGUAAUGAAGCAGCCGCAGAGUUAGGCAUUUUAAAAAUAAAAGUUAACGAAGUCUCUAAAUUUCAUAGCAUGAAAACAACCGGAAGUCGAGGUAGGAAUGAAAUCAACACCUAA